AACUCGUUGUGGUCUGCUUCGACGGCACAGAAAAAUAACGGGAACCGGAGCAUGUCGGUACCACGAACAGUAGGUAAAGGCGCAUCUCAAUCGUCGAAGACUGGGUCAUGGAAUUCCCAGAACAAAAGCGGCAUUGCUGAUACCACUACAUCAUCUUCGAGCAAUAACAUGAAUAGCAAUAUGAUG